CUUUUUCAACUUCUCUUCCUCCUAUAUUGGAUCCUUUCUCUUCUUCUCCACUCUCAUUUGGUUGCUGGGAUUGUCUUCCUGUAAACUCCCCCCUCUAUCUCUAUCUUGUCGGUUCGAGGGCGAUCAGAUAAGGAUCGGUUUAAGACGGUCACCGCGAUUUCCACACAACCACAACACAACCUCGCUCGUCCUGCUGAUGAUCCAUUUGGCGCCCCCUUCCAGAGCCUGCGGUCAUGCCGGCAGUAGCGUCUCUUCCCUGGUGGGCGAGUUAUCCGGGUUUUUCUUAGGAUCGUCCCCUUGUCGCCCCUCCGCCUCUUCCGCUCGACGCCGGUUCCUGCUCUCGACGUCCUCUUCGACUUCGUCCCAUCGCGCCUUUCAUUCUACUCCGUCGCGUGAUUCGUCUGCGCCCUCGCGGAUUUCCUACCGGGUCGCGGCGUCCUCCUCCGGCAAAGGCCGUCCCUUCGUCCCCGCCAAGAAUGCAUACAACUUCUUCCCCGAUCGCCAGGAUGCGCUGGGAGUGGCGCCGGAUGUGACGGACCCGGCUCUGCGGCGGAAACGGCGACCGGACAGUGGUGAGGAUGCCUUCUUCGUCAGCCGAGUCGGACACACCCCCGAGAAGCAGGGGGCCGUGGCCUUCGCCGUGGCGGAUGGUGUCGGGGGGUGGUCCGAGUCCCGCGUCGAUCCGGCCGAUUUCUCGCACGCUUUGUGCAACUACAUGGCCGAGUCAGCGCUGGAAUGGGAUGCUCCUGUCGAGCAGUUGCGCGCAAAGCAGCUACUCCAGGCCGGUUACGAUCGGGUCGUCGCCGACAAGACCGUCCGCGCGGGGGGCAGCACGGCCUCCGUCGGCGUGGGCCUAGAGGACGGCCGGGUGGAGCUAGCCAAUCUAGGCGAUUCGGGCUCCGUGCUGCUGCGUUUGGCGGCCGUCCACCACUACUCGGCGCCGCAGACGCACGGUUUCAACACACCGUACCAGCUCAGCAUCAUCCCGCCGCGUAUGCGGGCGCAGGCCUCCAUCUUCGGCGGGGCCUUCCUCGAGGACUUCCCGCGCGACGCCGCCGUCACCUCGCUGCAGAUGCAGCACGGCGAUGUGCUGAUGCUGGCCACCGACGGCGUCUACGACAACCUCAACAACCAGGAUAUCCUGAAGCUGGUCACCAGCCGCAUGGUGCUGACGGGGGCCUGGGACGCCACCCCGGAAAUGGGCAUCCGGCCCUCCGACCAACUCGACCAGCUGACGGGGCCGGUUGGGCUCAGCUCGCUGCUGCCGGCCGGUGCGCCCAGCCCCAUGGGUGACCAGCCCUACACGCUCCAGUCGUUCCUCGCCUCCAGCAUCGCCGGCGAGGCCAAACUGGCCAGCGUGGAUAUCCGCCGGGAUGGGCCCUUCGCCAAGGAAGCCCAGCGCUACUACCCGGGCGACUACUACCGCGGGGGCAAGAUCGACGACAUUUGUGUCAUCGCCAUCGUCGCGGUGGAUGAGUCCUUGACGGGGCCGAAGGCAGGGGGUCGUGAAUCCCGUCUUUGAAUUUGUUCAUGAUUCUCUUAUCUUUUUCUUGUCCUCUUCGAUACCAAGAUUCCUGGCGUCUCCGAACGAUCAUUAUAUAAUCUUUUCUUUCCAUUUAUGUCUCGGUUGGGUGAUCUGCAUGACUGGUUGCAUUCUUUUCUUUUCAUUAGUCCAUGGCUAUAUCAUCUAUCUCGCAUCAACACUGCUAUAUAGAGACACGGUCUAGCAUAUACAUAGAAACAAGGACAGGGACGGGGAACCGCAUCAGGCGUGGGUUUUAUCUGUUUUAUAACAUGUGGU